CAUGCAUAUACGCAUAUGAGGGCUCCUUCCUGGAGUUAGCCUCGUGAAGCGCAUCGCAUCCUAUGAGCGCAUCUCAGUGGUUUCAAUGUGACCCGAGUCCGCCAUACCGUGCGUAAAGGACUGCACGCCGGCGCUCAAGUGCACUUAUCAUCACACACACACACACAGCUAGUGAAUGAGGAUUGUCUGUCACUGAACAAAAGUCACUCCGAACAGCCAGCCGCCUCAGACAGGUUAUCUGAAUUAAAGGGACACGCUCGAGUCAUGGCCGAGGACAUUCAGCAGAAACUGGAGAAGUACCGCACGGCGCCGUUCGAUGCCCGCUUCCCGAACCAGAACCAGACGAGAAACUGCUGGCAGAACUACCUGGAUUAUUAUCGCUGCCAAAAAGCUCUGGAUGCCAAAGGUGUCGACACAGCUCCAUGUGACUGGUACAAGAGGGUCUACAAAUCUCUCUGCCCUCUAUCCUGGAUUGAGAAAUGGGACACUCAGAGGGAAGAUGGAACAUUUCCAGGAAAGAUCUGAAGAUCACACAGUCUCCAGAGAACUGCAUCAGGGGAACCGAAACGCAUCUGUCUGUGGUAUCGUCUCACCCCAGCCGAGCAGGGCCUUAUCAAUGUUUGUUCAAAAAUGCUCCUGUCAGGCUGGAGGAUGAGAUAGAUUGUUAACGUCAUUCCUUAUUUUAAAUGAAAGUGUUGCAGAUUCUGCAUUAAAAUCUCUCAGGCUUUGAAAUGUGA